AUGGGACUCAUCGCUGACACGAAAAAGGCCUUUCGAGAAACCCCCAAGGGCAUCUUCAACAUCUAUCUCUUCAGCGUGACUUGGAUCUUUGCCCUGGCUGGUGUCGCCAAGGGGUUCGAUGAAGACGACGAGUAUGCCGGAACGAAGGGGUGGAUUGUGUCAAUUGCCACUGCUGGCGCAGUCUUUGGCUGCCUGUGCUCCGUCCCCAUCAAUGACCGGGUCGGACGCCGCUGGACGCUGCGGCUAGGAACACUCGUGUACAUCGCUGGUGUACUGGGACAGGGGCUGUCCGGCGGUAGUCUCGCGGGUCUGUAUGCCAGCCGGGUCAUCAGUGGCAUGGGUAUCGGUGUCACAACGAUUGUCCCGCCAGUUUAUAUCUCAGAAAUAUCGCCCAAGGCCAUCCGAGGCUUGCUGACUCUGCAGUAUGCCGCCUGUCAGCAACUGGGCGUCGUUCUGGGCUUCUUCAUCAAUUACGGCGUCACCAAGAAGUAUGCUAACACCGACACGCAAUGGAUACUGCCAACACUCCUGCAGCUCCUCCCCGCAGCCAUCUGGGGCGUAGGAACGUUUCUAUGCCCUGAAUCGCCGCGAUGGCUGCUAAGUGUUGGCCGCAAAGAGGAAGCAGCCGCUGCGUUGUCGCGGUUGCGGCAUCUGCACGCUGGGCAUUCGGUCAUCGCGGGCGAAUUGGCGGGCAUGGGUUCGCAGAUCCAGCAUGAGCAUGAAUCCGUUGCCUCUGCUUCGUCAUGGCAGUUGAUCAAGGAGACCCUUGUUCCGGUUGAGAAUCGACGAAGAUUCUUUCUCCUGUUCAUGGCCACCCUCUUCUCUCAGUGGUCGGGCGCAAAUGCCAUUACUCAGUAUUCGCCAACGAUCUUCGGAUACCUGGGCAUUGUCGGAGAGGAGGCCACUUUCCUGGCGACAGGCAUCUAUGGUAUUGUCAAGUUUGCGAGCACGCUGGCCUUUGCCCUGGUCAUUGUAGACUUCGUUGGCCGCCGCCGAUCUCUCCUGGUAGGGAUCAGCCUGCAGAUUCUCACACUGGUCUUUGUCGGAGCAUAUUUGGGCGCCACCAAAGAUAUGACAAUCGCCGGGGUUAAGGCCUCUCGACAUGCUGAACGAGCAUCGACGGCGGCCAUCGUUGCGAUCUACCUGCAUGCCGUAGCGUGGAGUAUAGGCUGGUUCAGCAUUCCCUACCUCAUUGGGCCCGAGAUUUUCCCCACGCGCAUCCGAUCCCUGAAUAUGUCCAUCUCUAUGGCCUUGCACUGGGCCUUCUACUUUGGCUGCUCCAAGGCGAUGCCCAGUUUGCUCGCGGCGACACAUCGCUGGGGUGCAUUCCUGUUUUUCAGCUGCAUCGGUGUGCUGGGGUUGAUCUAUGUAUCGCUUGCCAUGCCAGAUACCACCGGGCGAUCGCUGGAAGCGUUGGAUAAGCUGUUUGAGCGACCAUGGUACACGAUGUAUAAGGUUGCGUAUGCCAACCAGGAUGAGCUGCGGGCAGAACAGCCGGGGGAAAUGUACAGCACCAUAAAAGGGCUUCAGACCAGUGCUGAGCAUGUCGAGACAGCGUAG